AUGUCUCUGGUGGCUUUUCUGAUCAUUCUCAUUACUGGAUACAUUUAUAUUUAUUCUCUCUUCCCUCUCUUGUUCAUCACUUUCAUGUCUCUGGUGGCUUUUCUGAUCACUCUCAAUACUGGAUACAUUUAUAUUUAUUCUCUCUUCCCUCUCUUGUUCAUCACUUUCAUGUCUCUGGUGGCUUUUCUGAUCAUUCUCAUUACUGGAUACAUUUAUAUUUAUUCUUCCUUCUAUUCAUCCUUUCAUGUCUCUGGUGGCUUUUCUGAUCAUUCUCAUUACGGGAUACAUUUAUAUUUAUUCUCACUUCCCUCUCUUAUUCAUCACCUUCAUGUCUCUGGUGCAUUUUCUGAUCAUUCUCAUUACUGGAUACAUUUAUAUUUAUUCUCUCUUCCCUCUCUUGUUCAUCACUUUCAUGUCUCUGGUGGCUUUUCUGAUCAUUCUCAUUACUGGAUACAUUUAUAUUUAUUCUCUCUUCCUUGA